UCUUCAGCUGAUGCUGACAGCAACUGAAACACAACAAAUUUCAGCUUGUACCAUAAUACUUUAACAGGAAAAAUCGUAGAUCCUUCGCAAUGUCAACAGUUGAAUCAAGUUUGAGGGACCUUUUUACAAGUUGUGACGAGCCGAUUCUCUUGGAAAAGCGCGUGUCUCACUGGGAAAUCGUAAAAUCUUGGACCAUAAACGUCUGGUGCGAAAAGAUCGGCCCUACAACUCGCCUUCCUUUCCGAAGCGGGAAAAUUGCGCAUUCGGAGCUGCCUCAAUGGGAAUCGACGUGUACUCAAACAGAAAUGACGAUGAAUCAGUUUCUGGGACAUGCACAGACAGCUGAUCCUUCAGAGUGGCUCUAUUUCGACUAUAAGCAUCUCCACGAGUGGUUUAAGGACAAAGAAGAUUUUUUAAAGGACAUAUCGUGGAAAGAUUUAGGCUUCCCUGAUAGAAAGGCAGACGAUUCAACGUUGUGGAUCGGCAGCCAAGGAGCUCACACUCCGUGUCACGUUGACACAUACGGUUUUAACUUAGUCGCCCAAAUACAUGGAAAGAAGCAGUGGAUAUUGUUCCCACCUGGAAAUGAGAGCAGAAAGAUGUUGAGAGCAACUAGAGUUCCUUAUGAAGAGUCAAGCAUUUACAGUGAAAUUAAUUUUUUCUCCCCUCCCAAACGUAUUUUAAUAACCCUUGUAAAUAUAUCCAGAUAUAAUUGUUUUAAUUUUUCAGGUAUCACUUUGACCGGGGCCCGCGUGGUCACCCUAAAUCCAGGGGAUGUCCUCUUUGUGCCUAAUGGUUGGUGGCAUUACGUGGAAACAAUCUCGCCUCUCGCCGUCAGUUUGAAUACUUGGAUCCCACUGCCCUGUGAUAGGUUUAGGCAAGUGGAGGAGUCUCUAGUCAAGCUCUUGGUUUCUUCUGUGUGCCGAUUUGACAACAAGGAGUUAAUUUUAAACCCCAACGAGGCUGACAUCACGGAAGACAAGAACAUUUUAAAUUACGUGAAGUGGGCAACCCAUAUCUGCACUGCGAGUGAUUUUGAUGAGCCGCCAGCUAAAAAGUGCCGAUCGGAAACUAGUGCUUGUGGUGAUUUGCCUGCUGGAGCUUCAAGAAUAGCUAUUUGCUCAGAGGAUGAUUUCAAAGAGUUGAUGAGUUUGAAAAGGAAAGUCGUGGUUGACUCUGUCGCUGCAGAAAGUGAUAUAAAGUUAGACUUCAGCAAAAAACUUAUUAAUGCUAUGUGCGCACCAGAUGUGUUAUCAAAAAUCCGGGACCAUCUUUUGAAAGAUUAAAAAGUUGUUUAAUCUAAAAAUGAUUUAAAUUUAAUUUAUGGUUCGGGAAUUAAAUGGCUUGAGAGUGAGAUUAUUA